AUGUCCAAAUUAAUCUUCUACGGUUACUUAAUUUGCCCUUUUGCCUAAAGAGUCAGAUUCGCUUUAGAGGCUUUGAAGAUAGAUUAUGAAUUCGUUCAUAUUGAUUUGCACGCUGGAGCUUAAAAAGAAGAAGCCUAUCUCAAAAUAAAUCCUUUUGGAAAACUACCUUCAAUUCAAAUCGAUGGAAAGGUUGUUUAUGAAAGCUUGAUACUUUUAGAAUUUUUGGGAGAUCAUUUUGGUGGUGUCUUCCCCAAAGACGAUUUUGCCAAAGCUGAGAGUAGAAUUUGGGCUAACUACUUUGACUAAAAUGUUGCAAGCAAAGUUUUUCCUCUGUUUGGCUUAAAGAAAGCUAAUAAUUAAGAAGGAAUCGAGAAACAAGCUCAAGAAAUUUUAAAUAACAUCAAAUUCUUUACAUAAAAAUCAGGCCUUGAAGAUAGAAUUAAGAAUAAUCCAUAGAGCUACUUCAACGGCAAUUAGUUGAGCUUUGUCGAUUUUGUUGUAGCUCCUCACAUUAGAAAUAUUGAAACAUUUUUUAAACUUUUUGUAGGUAGAAGUAUUUACAGUUUUGCUGAGCCCAAUGAAUCAAUUUAAAACUUUGAAAAGUACUCUAAAAACAUACUUUAAAGCUAGCCUUAUCUUUCAAUUACAGACAAAUUGAAAUAAUUACCUCCUAUUGAAACUAACUCUUUCUUAAAAGAAAUUGGAGUUGACUCUAUUGAAAAGUUUAAUUACGAACAUUUCUUUAAAGAGUUCCAUCAAAAAAAAUUCUUAUCUUGA